AUGUCACCAGCCUCGAUCCAAGACGAGCAUGACUCCGACGAAGAUGUCGAGUUUGAGGAUGUUCCAGUCUCCUGCAACAGAGACAGACAGGACGGAGAUAUGUCCAUAGUCCUCCCUGUAACUCCCCACCCACCAUGGAAUCCAACACUCUCACUCCCUCCACAGCGAGCCCAGCCAAUCCCCUCAGGCUCCAUGGAAGAAACACAACUCCGUGGCCAAAUCAGCGCUGGCAUCGAGAGAGUAACCUAUCGCAAAAUGAAAUCCGAUAUGGGUAUGGAUGCACCCGGUACCCCCACCUCAGAGCGCAGAUAUGAAAGUUUCAAAGAGCUCGCUGCGGAUGUGGAGGGUCUUGUCGAUAUGCUUUGGGCGUCUGCUACUCCGGCCAUCCAAACAGAAGCCCUCAUAACCCUAGCAGGCCUAACCCAAACCUCCCUCCCAGCCUUCCCCUUCGAAGCCCAACCAACGCUCUCAAUCCUCCACAAACUAGACUCCGUCUUCGCAGCUCUAUGUACAGGCACGCACCCGGUAGACGGCCUCGUCCUCCCCGGUGCACAGCCAGGCCAGUCUCUCGCGACAGAGACGCAGAAAGUGCGGAUCCGAAGUUUGGCGGAGAGGACGAGAUACGAGGUCUUUUCUUGUUUGGGGAGAUCGAGUGGGAAGGUUGCUGAUGGGGAUGGGUGGGAUGAGGAGGAUAGUGGGGAUGAGGUGGAUGAGCCGUGGAUGUUGGAGGCGACGAGGGUCUAUGAGAAGUGUCUUAUGUUGCUUGCGGAGCAGGAUCCUGAGGGUGAGAGUGAGGGGAUGGAGUUUAAUUGUUUAUAG